AAGAACAUGUUUAAAACACCAAACGCACAAUGUUUUAUCUUCAACAUUUAGCAGAACUUCAGUUUUAGAAUGUAACAGUGAACUGGGAUCCAAUUUUCUCCACAAUGGAAAUAAAAACUGCAAAUGAAAAUAAUAUUUAGCAGCAUUAAGAAGGAGGAGACGAUACAGGAUCCUGACUAAACAUAGGGGUGUUGGAGGGUGAGAGCAGAAUGUCCUGAAAAAAAAAAAAGACAGUGAGAGAGCAGAAGUGGGUGUGUGUGUUAGUAUAUAAACCACCCUUCAUUCCCAUUGUUGGAGUCUGUUGGAGGGGUUUGAGUGAAUGCAUGUAUAUAUGUGGGAGUAUCUAACAGAAAAGCAGAGUGCUUGUUAGUGACCUUGCGGUGCAGUGGACUGACCACUUCUUAGGAUGGAUAAGUUGCUGGUGCUGAAUUUACUGGUGCUGGUGCUUUGCUCUGUAGGGAGAGUGAAAUCUUCCGCCUAUGACAAGAUAGUCUCUCACAGCCGCAUCCGGGCCAGGAAAGAGGGGCCUAAUGUGUGCGCUCUGCAGCAAGUCAUGGGAACCAACAAGAAGUACUUCAGCACUUGCAGGAACUGGUACAAAAAGUCCAUCUGUGGCAAGCCGGCCACAGUCUUAUACGACUGUUGUCCUGGUUACAUGAGGAUGGCGGGCCUGAAGGGAUGUCCUGCAGUGGCUCCCAUUGACCAUGUUUAUGGUACGCUGGGAGUUGUAAAGGCCACCGUCACUCAGCAAUAUGCCGAUGAGUCUAAAAUAAGGGAGAACAUCGAAGGCCCUGGCUCCUUUACUCUGUUUGCACCCAGCGACGAUGCCUGGAAACUACUGAGUUCUGAUGAACGGCUUAAACUGAGUGAAAAUGGAAAUCUGGAGAUGUUCAACAGUCUGAUGUUCCACACAGUGGAUGGUCGUCUUCUCACCAAAGACAUGAAGAACGGUUUGGUUGUUCCCUCCAUGUUGGAGAAUCAUAAGCUUUACAUCAACCAUUACUCAAAUGGGGUUGUUACGGUAAACUGUGCCAGAAUCAUCCACGGUAACCAGGUGGCUACAAAUGGUGUGGUGCAUGUCGUAGACCGCGUGAUCCCGAACGUUACGGACACAAUAAAGGACUUCCUGGAAAAAAGCGAAGAAUUCUUCUCUUUCACUACUGCUGCAUCUGCGGCAAAUUUGAUGGACAAGCUUGGAGAAGACGGUCACUUUACGUUGUUUGCUCCAACGGAUGAGGCCUUCGAUAAUCUGCCCCCUGGGUAUUUCGAAUCCAUCAUAGAAAACAACCCUGUCAUUACAGCGCUGGCGAAGUACCACCUGUUGAACAGCGUGCAGUGUGCUGAAGCGAUCAUGAUCGGAACCCUGUACGAGACCGAGGAAGGGAGCAGCAUUGAGAUCGGGUGCGAUGGAAAUAACAUCACUGUCAACGGCAUCAAAAUCGUGUCUAAGAAGGACAUCGUGACCUCCAAUGGUGUUAUUCAUGUCAUAAAUCAGGUGCUCAUUCCCGACUCAGCCAAGGACGCCAUUGAGCUGAUGGGAAAGUCUCAGAGCUCUUUCAAGAACUUCAUUUCUGAGCAGGGCAUAGUGUCUGCUCUGAAACCAAAUCUGGAGUAUACAUUUCUCGCUCCUCCCAACGAGGUCCUCGAAGCUGAGAUGACAUCACUCGAUCAGAGGGAUCUGAAGUUGCUUCUGGAAAACCACAUCCUGAAUCUUAAAGUGACUCUGAGUGAGAUGUACACGGGACAGCAGCUGGAAACGCUCUCCGGCAAGUUCAUCAGAGUCUUCAUUUACCGAACUGCGGUGUGUCUAGAAAACACAUGUAUGAAGCGUGGCAGCAAAGAAGGAAAAAACGGCGCCCUCCACCUGGUGGGGUCUCUUAUCAAAACAAGUGAUGAGACCGUUUACCAGAUCCUCAAAAAUAAAGGAGAGUUCAGCAUUUUCUUGUCGCUAAUGGAGACGGCAGGUCUGUACGACGUGUUGAAGGAGAAGGGCGCCCACACCAUCUUUGCCCCGACCGACGAAGCCUUUAAAGAUCUAACUGAAGAGGAUAUAGCUUUGCUGAAAAGUGAUCUCCCCUUUUUGAGAACCCUUCUUCUGUACCACAUCAGUGAUGGGAUCUUCGUCAGCGCAGGAUUGGAAAGAGGAGUUACCAAUAUGUUUAAAACGCUGCAAGGCCUCAAUCUGCAAGUUAAAAUUGUAAACAACUCUGUAAUUGUCAACACAGUAGAUGUGCCAGACAAUGACCUAAUGGCAACAAACGGCGUGGUCCACGUGGUGAAGAAUGUCCUCUAUCCUGCCAGCCUUCCUGUGGGCCGCGAGGACCUCAGGGUGCUGCUAAAGAAGCUGAUCAAGAACAUCGAGAUAAAGUUUGUUUUUGGAUUUACUUAUCCAGAGAUCCAAACUUUUGGCAGCAGUAGAACUUUCAAAAUCGUUUAUGAUGAUACAAAAACAAAAGAAUACACAUUCGAAACAAGGGUUAUAGAGUCUGCGCCUAAAAUGACCCAAGUAACCAGGAUUGUCGAGACAAAUCCCGCCACUAGCAAAGUAACCAGAGUCAUUAACCGCCAGCCAACCACCAAAGUCACAAGGAAAGUCAUUUCAGGUUCAGGUCCUGGUAGAAGGGUUUCCGAAAAGGUCAAGGUGAGGGGUGAAACAGACGGAACCAUAGAACUUGAGCCUCAAAUCAUUGAAGGCCCAGAUUUGUCAAAAAUUCUGUCAAUCCGCGAUAACCCCGGCCUAUUGAUGAAGGAGUCGAGCAAACUUACCGAUCUCAUUAGAGGUGGAGGUAAUUUUUCUGCUGCCAGGAGAGCUCCAGCUGGAAUAGUGAGAAGAAAGGUGGUCAGGAGUCCACUGAAGCCAAACGUGUGAAACCUGAGCGAUACAAGGAUCACGGCCGCCACAAAUACUGCGCCUGUAACUUCUCCCUCUCUGACGGAUUGACAAACUGGCCUAAAGCAGACAGAUUAUUGAAUCAUGGAUUGAUUUGGCUUUCAGUUCUGUAUUAUUCUCUUGAGCUUGAUGGUUUGUGGCUAUGCAGAAACAUUUGAGUGAUUUGUGUAAAAUAUGAACUUUAUUGUUGGGGAAAAAAGGAUUUAGAGGGUUAAAAGAAUGGUAUGUUUCUUUUUUAUGUUUUUUUUAUGUUCAUACAUGUGACCCUAUAGGCAGAGUGCAUGGUAACACCUUUCUUCUUACUUCUGUGCUUGCAUUCAAUAAAAUGAAUGACUUCAAAAAAUAUGACAAACAGUGGUUUGAUAUUAAGCUUUACUGUACUGAUGUAAAUUAUCACAAGAGAAAAUAAAAAAAGGUUAAAAAUGA